ACCGGAUGUGAGGUGGCUUGAAGGGAGCAAGCCAAAGAUAAACACGUAGACAGACGAAUACGGGCGAGGAUAUUUAAUGCUAUUUUGAAGCUACCGUAUACAUUUGAGAGAUGGACUAGUUUGUGAGCAUAUAUUGGGUUUUAGCGGGCAAGGAGACAUCGUUAAACUGACGAAGGAACGAGUCUUCCGCAGAAAUCGAGUCGAGUCUCCAGCUCAGUCCACAAUGGUACGAGCAGCCUUAGUAACUGCCACCAGUCUGGCGUUGACCGCCGGUGUGGUGGCUCACGCUUAUUUCCUCAAGCACCAGUUCUACCCGACUGUGGUCUACCUCACCAAGAGCAGCCCCAGCAUGGCGGUUUUGUACAUUCAGGCUUUUGUGCUAGUGUUUCUGCUGGGAAAGUUCAUGAGGAAGGUCUUUUUUGGGCAGCUACGGGCUGCAGAAAUGGAGCACCUCAUCGAGCGUUCCUGGUAUGCGGUGACAGAGACAUGCCUGGCUUUCACUGUGUUCAGGGAUGACUUCUCCCCUCGCUUCGUCGCCCUCUUCACCCUCCUGCUCUUCCUGAAGUGCUUCCACUGGCUGGCGGAAGACAGGGUGGACUUUAUGGAGCGGAGCCCGAACAUAUCAUGGAUUUUCCACUUCAGAGUAUUAUCUCUCAUGGGACUGCUGGGUGUCAUGGACUUUCUGUUUGUCAACCACGCCUGUCACAGCAUCAUUACCCGAGGAGCUUCAGUCCAGCUUGUUUUUGGAUUUGAGUAUGCCAUCCUGCUGACCAUGGUCCUGACAACCUUCAUCAAGUACAUUCUGCACACCGUCGACCUGCAGAGUGAGAAUCCCUGGGACAACAAAGCCGUCUACAUGCUCUACACGGAGCUUUUCACAGGUUUGAUCAAAGUGCUGCUCUACAUUGCCUUCAUGACUAUCAUGAUAAAGGUCCACACCUUCCCCCUGUUUGCCAUCCGGCCCAUGUAUUUGGCCAUGAGGCAAUUUAAGAAGGCUGUAACAGAUGCUAUAAUGUCUCGGAGAGCUAUCCGCAACAUGAACACACUAUACCCUGAUGCUACUCCUGAGGACCUGCAGGCCUCAGACAAUGUUUGUAUCAUCUGUCGAGAGGAAAUGGUCACUGGAGCCAAGAAACUACCUUGUAAUCACAUUUUCCACUCCAGCUGCUUGCGCUCCUGGUUUCAGAGGCAGCAGACCUGCCCCACCUGUCGCAUGGACGUGCUCAGGGCAUCCAACAACAAUCAGACUCAGGCUCCAGCUCAGGCUCCGCCCCCUCCUCCAGCACCACCUGCUAAUGCUCCUGCAGCCCCAGCCCCUAAUGUAGCUCCAGGCAUGUUGCCAGGCUUCCCUCCUGGCAUCUUCCCUUUCUGGGGUCCUUUUCCUGCAGUGCCUCCUCCUCCUCCUCCUGCUGCAGCAGCUCCGGCUCCCGGUGCUCCUGACGCUCCACCAAGCGGCUCAGAGGCGGCACAGACAGCAGGCACCAGCCAAACCACUCCAUCCACUGCAGACACCACCACACCAGCUGCUGCUCCAGGAUCAGCAAUCCCAGGAUUCCCCUUCUCCUUCCCGCCUCCUCCCUUCCCCACUGCACCAUGGCUGCCCAUGCCCCCACCUCCCCCCUUUGUAUCAUCAAUGCCUCCUCCGCCACCGUCUCUGUCUCGUCUCUCGGAGGAGGAGCUGAGGGAGUUGGAGGCGGAAGGCCGCCGGGGCCUCGAGGCCAGACUGCAGUGUCUGCAAAACAUCCACACCCUGUUAGAUGCCGCCAUGCUCAACAUCCACCACUACCUCAGCACCGUGGCCACACUCACGCCGCCUCGGGCUGAGGGCAGCGCCGGGGAAGCCAGUGGGACAAACCCAACUGAACCAGCUGCUGCAGCGGGGGAGAACACGGAGAGUUCCAGCACAGAGAAGGACUCGUCCGUCUCUGAUCAAGCGAGCGGAACCACCGUCUCCUCUCAACCCGCCGACUCCACUUCCUCCGCCUCAGACACAGAAAGAAAAGAAAAGACGGACGAAGGAGUGGUGGAGGAUGAGGACGGGGAGCCGAACGCCGCUGAGCUGAGGCGCCGCCGCCUUCGUAAACUAGAGACAGCGGCAGCAUCGUCGCCAUCGCCGCCCCCUCCUCCGGACAACUGAUCCAUGCGACUCAGGCAUAUCGCUCUGGACCAACAGGAACUCUGAGCCGACUCCUGACUGCUUUGGUUCUUCGUUGCCUCGUGGCUCUCGCCUUCCACAGGCUCAGGUUUCUAAUGGCGUCGAGUUGGACUCGGGCUGUCGGAAGACGCUUCUGUACUGUUUUCUGUGUCAGACAGCAAUAGCACCUCCUUUUCUCGUUUUCUUCACGGUCGUCCUCCAAAGAGCUGCAGGUGUUUGAGUUUUAAUCAGGCGGGAGAAGCCUUCUCAUUUCAAGCCUGUGGGUGGUUCUUUGUGAGAGCGGCGACGUUUAGUUGUGUGUUUGCUAGUUUUGCUGUUGAAGAUGUCUCUGCCCGCAUCCUUUGUUUAAUCAACACAAAGGUGGUUUACAAACCAGUGAAUUCAAAUCAAGUGAAACCGUUUGGUUUUUCUGCUUUUCCUUUCCUUUAACAAACAUCGCUCUUCAGUUCUAAACAUGCUGUAACAUACUGAUUCAUUUAAAUGUGUACAUACUGUAUAAAGAGUUUUAAUAGGAUGAUCUGUACAUACUGCAGAGUAAACUAACUGAAACGGCAGCAGCGGAGCGCCUGCGUUGGUUUGAAUGUUCAACUCAUGCAAAACAAAACAGGAUUGUGUUUGUGAAGCUCGUUGUUUGGGAGCUCUUUGUUGUUGCCUUUCAGUCCAAGUUUUGGCUGUUAAAUUAAAACUCAAACUGAUGUAAAAGGUA